UUUUCCAGAAAUGGAGCUGCAGUCACCUCAAGGGUAUCCCUCAACAAUUGAGGUGUCAGUACACAGAAGUUUCAGUGAAGAAGCCACCUGCUGGUAACAAUGACAAGUAACCCAGUAAAGUCUGAUGAAAAUAGAAAAAAACGUAAAAAGGAAGAAAAGAAUGAAUCUUCAGAAAAUCCACAAAUGUCUUCUUUUGAGAAAAUGGAUUUGUCUCUUUCUGAAAGCUCCCAGGCAGUUCUCAAAACUGAAGCCCUAGAAAAAGUUUUGAAUGAUACAAGCAAAGAAAUAAAUAUUCUACUAUCAAAAUAUGUUCAUAUUUUAAGUGAGAGAGCAGCAAUGGAUGCCUCAUAUGUAGAGGAGCUUGGAGGAAUUCUGAAAGAAGCUGGUUCUAUAGAAUAUCACUUGAGACUGAAAUGGGAGAAUCUAAAGCACAGGUUUGCCGCAAUGACAGGCCCUCUACAAAGUGAAAAUGGAUUAUCUAGUAAAUGAUCUUUAUUCAAAGGCACUGGCUGCAUGUUUAGAGUUCUAUAUCUGCUGAACACUAAUAUAUAAUUGAAAUACCCUUUUAUCUGGCUGGAUGCUUGAUGCACAUACUUGUAUACUGUCUUCAUGCAAGUUAUGAUUACACUGCUUGUAAAAAAUAUCUCUGUCAUGAGGAUAGAAUCUCUGCCAUGCAUGUCUACCUGUCUGUUCUUUGUGACCUCUAUUCAUGACCUCCAGCCCUUACUACACAUCACUUACUCAUGUCUUUCUGCAACUGCAUUGCUCCUCACAAUGAAUUCUGUAAUUCAAAUGUACCGGUAUGUGGCAUUGGCACUGUGGAUAUUUUCCUCUGAGGACUUAUUAUGAGCAACCCUGUUUUUAAUGUUUAAAAUUUGUGAACUCACAUGCUUAUUAAAAAGAUAUUCACUGAACAACAAA